CAAAUUUUACCACGAUAAAUUUCGUUCGUGGCUGGAGCAAUUCGUAGAUAUAAAAAUAGUUUUAUCCAACUAACACCGUUUUUUUCCUAUUAUUAAAAGUUGUGGAUGCGGCUAACGCCGCUUUUAUAUUACUGAACCCAUAGCUGGUACUGGAGAUUUAUUAAUUAGAUAGAAAACUUAAAAUAACCUAACCAUGCCUCCGAAGAAAGCACCUGCUGCGAGUAAAAAGACUGAGCAGAAGAAGAAGGAGAAAGUCAUUGAGGACAAAACAUUUGGUAUCAAGAACAAGAAAGGAGCAAAACAGCAAAAAUUCAUCCAACAGGUAGAGAAACAAGUGAAGAGUGGCGGCAUCCACCCGGCCGGGCCCGUGCAGGACAAGAAGAAGGACAAGGAACAGAAGCUGAAGGAGGCCAAGGAGCUGGCGGCGCUCUUCAAGCCCGUGCAGACACAGAAGGUGGAGAAAGGCACGGACCCCAAGUCGGUGGUGUGCGCAUUCUUCAAGCAGGGGCAGUGCACCAAGGGCGACCGCUGCAAGUUCUCCCACGACCUCACCAUCGAGAGGAAGGCGGAGAAGCGGUCGCUGUACGUGGACAUGCGCGACGACGACACCAUGGACACGUGGGACGAGGACAAGCUCAAGGAGGUGGUCGAGAAGAAGCACGCCGAGGACAAGCAGCGCCCCACCACCGACAUCAUCUGCAAGCACUUCCUGGAGGCGGUGGAGCGGUCGAAGUACGGCUGGUUCUGGGAGUGCCCGUCGGGCACGCGGUGCAUCUACCGGCACGCGCUGCCGCCCGGCUUCGUGCUCAAGCGCGACAAGAAGAAGGCCGACGACAAGAAGAACGAGAUCUCGCUCGUCGACCUCAUCGAGCGCGAGCGCGCCGCGCUCGGCCCCAACCAGACCAAGAUCACGCUCGAAACAUUCCUGGCCUGGAAGAAGAAGAAGAUUAAGGAGAAACAGGACACGAUGGCGGCGGCGGAGGAGCAGAAGCGCUCGGACUUCAAGGCGGGCCGCGCCUGCGGGCUCUCCGGCCGCGAGAUGUUCUCCUUCGACCCCGCCAUGGCGGCCGACGCCGACGCCGAUGAUGAUGAUGGCGACGCCGUGCUCGGCGACUACGGGGACGACGCCGAGGACGACGCCAUCGAGUACCGGGAGAUCACCUUCGACGACAUCGGCAUGGAGGCUUCAGAGGUGGACGAUACGGGCACGAAAGCGACGUGCGACCGCCUCCAACAGUUGUCGGCGGGGCUCAGCAACGGCGACGCGCAGGCGGUGGCGGAGGCGGAGGCGGGGCGGAGGCGGACGCUGCAGCGGGAGCGGGCGCGGGCGAGGCGGUGCCCAUCAACGAGAACCUGUUCCUCGACGACGAGCUGGACGAGGAGCUGCAGGGGCUGGACCUCGACGACUGACCGCGCCGCUGCCGCUACCUUACCGCUCUUCAUUCUUGUAUUACAAUCCAUCAUUAUAUGUAAAUCAUCUAGCUAUUUUUUAUCGCCAAAGAAGUCGUCCAUUUCUUACAUCGCAACGACCGAAGAGACGGAUUUGUACAGAGUGCUGCACCGAUAGCGUAGUCCCGCGAUAAACGAUAAACAUCAGGCCGUCCCUAUCGCGCUCACUGAUAGUACGAAAGGGACGGCCCGAUGUUAUAUCGACUAUCGCGCGACCGUGCCCGCCCGUCUGCAGUGCAUUAAGAGGUAACUUUUACCUGCGAAAUAUUAUAACCGGCGAGAGGAACUUUCAAAAUGGACGACACCCGGUUCCCCGGUAGAAGUCCGUCAUCGAGUAAACUGAAUAUUAAGUUGAACUUUACGCGAGUAGUUUUCGAUGUGAUCCCUUUGGGAUGUCAAACAUAUAGAUAAACGCAAAAAAAUCUGUAAUAAGUAAUACGUGUAACUCGGAAUUAUUCUCGACUUGUAAAGAAUUGGCGAGUGUCUGUGACUGUACAUAUAUUAUACGAUAAGACGUGAUAUAAAUAGAUAAAAUUUGUCUUAAAA